AAUAAAAACUCCAUCAAAGAGAGAGAGAAGAAAAUUGAAAAAAAAAGGCAAAUCCAUUUUACACUCAACACGCACUGUAGAGAGAGAAAGUAAGCAGAGCUUUGCGCUUUGACCGCCACUGAUAUCGUAGCUCUCUCCUCUCAGAAGAAAAGGCGAAAAAAAGUAAAGGAAGAAACAGUGCGGCUGCCACAAUCCUCGAUUCCUUUCGCUGUCUAUUUCGAAUUGAUGUGCCUUCACAUUUUUCUUUUUUGCUAACACUCGUCUGCCCUUCUCUUCUUCGAUUUUCCUCGGCCUUCAAUUUGCUGGUGCAAAAUGGCGGGAUUUUCUUCGAGCUACUCCAAUUUCAGCUUCCUCUGUGCUGAUUGAGUGAGUGUGAUCAGUUUCGUUGGGGAUUUUUUAUUUCCGAGUUCGAGUUUUGGCUUGGGCUCGGUUCGUGUAUCAUUCGCCUCUUGCAAAAUUUUUUCACUCAUUUUUUAGAGAAUUCGAAGUUUGCUCGCUGAAUUGAACUUCGGUGUGAAUCUCCGACCACAAUUUGCGUGUUGUCUGUUAAUUCUUCAAAUUAUGGAGCCAAAUGUUGAAGCGGUUCAACCGCAAUUUAGAUCCGGAAUAUCCGGAGCCAAACCAGGAGGAAUGGGGUGCGUGUUCGGUGACAUCCACGGCCUGAUCCCCGGUCCACCGGAAACGGACGGCACAUCUUUCACGGCGCUUCUGGAGCUCCCACCGCCGCAAGCUGUGGAGCUCUUGGUCAAGGAAGAUUUUCCGGCGAAACCUAUGCCGCCGCCAAUUUUUCCUUCCAAUAUUGCCCUCAUUGACCGCGCCUCAAUGUUUUCUGUUUUUGCUUCGGCCGAUAAUCCGCCGGAGAGCACCAACAUUUUGUCGGCUUCGAGCUCAAUGAAGAUCGAUUCGGUGAAGCAAGAGCCCUUGGAGUCAGAGAAUCAACGGAAUUCUUCUUCGCCGGCGGUUUCGAAUCAGAGCUUGAAGUCCAUCAAGCGAAAGGAGAGGGAGAAAAAGGUGAAAGAAUCAAGCAAAAAGAGCAAAAAAGUGGGAGCAAAUGAAGCGUCUGAUGGGAGUGGCGAGCAGCUGCCGUACGUUCAUGUGAGAGCUCGCCGUGGCCAGGCCACUGACAGCCAUAGCUUAGCUGAAAGAGCCCGGAGAGAGAAAAUCAAUGCCAGGAUGAAGCUAUUACAGGACCUGGUCCCGGGAUGUAACAAGAUUUCAGGUACUGCAAUGGUGCUCGAUGAGAUAAUAAAUCACGUGCAAGCACUUCAACGUCAAGUGGAGUUUUUAUCCAUGAGACUUGCUGCUGUUAACCCAAGAAUUGAUUUCAACCUCGACGCCCUCUUAGCUGUAGAAAGUGAAUCUUCCAUUGAUAAUAGCUACCUAGGCAUGUUUCCACCAUCCAUUUGGCCGGAGGGACAAAUCAACGGCAGCAGACAACAACAGUAUCAACAGCCAUGGCUCAUGGACCCGCCUUCCAUGGGCAGAGUAGACGACACCUCUAACUUCAUUACCCCGGAGAACUCACUGCUAAGUUACGACUCUCCAGCAAAUUCAGCUUCUCUGCACUCGAGCCAGCUGAAAAUGGAGCUUUGAAGUGAAACCGUGUCCGCUAGUCGUUGUAGCUAGCAUUGUAUAUACGAGAUAUAUUAGUAAGUAUUUAGUGGAGAUGAGGAAGGAGGAUUAUCUCGGCAUUGAGGUUGGAUUUCCAUUCGAUCAAUUGACAUCAGAUGGAAAUAGAAGAAAAGGAGACUUUAGUUUGCUAAUAUAUAGAUUAUAUAUUAUAUGUUAACACUACUAACUAUUAAGGCUCAUUCAAUCUCAAUACAUCAUUCAUGACUUGGGUUGAUCUCAA